AUGGUAUUGUCGUCAAACUGGCUGAAACUUCAGGCCACCCAGAGCUCUAAGACUCCCACAAAGCACGUUACGAAUUCUAAGAAAAACGAUACAACAAAUGCUGCCUUCAAAAAAGUCAAGAAGGCAACGAAAAAAGCAGCCAAAUUCGGGGAUGACGGCGUUGUGAGCUCUCGAGAUAUUAAGACAGUCGCGAAGGCCAAAGACGCGAGGACACCCGUCAGAAGCAAAAAAAAUCUCAUGAAGAUGGUGAAUUCCAUGACCGAGGAAAUCAACAGACUAGAGGAUCAGAAAGUAAAGGCCAAUAAUACCGGAGACUCCUAUGCUCUUGCUGCUGAACUCGAACAUUCACUAAAAGCCGAUACCCAGGACAGAAGCUCUCAUAGAUCUGCCGAAGUGGGUAAGUACGUUUCCCUAGAUUGUGAGUUUGUGGGUGUAGGGCCUGAAGGAAAAGACUCAGCUCUUGCUAGAGCGACGGUGGUUAAUUUCUUUGGCCACGUUGUGCUAGAUGUUCUCGUUAAACCGCGCGAAAAAGUCACCGACUGGAGGACGUGGGUUAGUGGUAUACGGCCUCAGGAUAUGCACAGAGCGGUUUCGUUCCCUUUAGCGCAGACACAGGUUGCUGAAACCCUCAAAGAUAGAAUACUAGUAGGACAUGCCAUAAAUCACGAUCUCCAGGCGCUGUUUCUUUCGCACCCACGUAGUAUGAUUAGGGAUACUUCCAGACACAUACCAUUCAGGAAGAAGUACGCAGGUGGCAAAACUCCCAGCUUAAAGAAGCUGGCCAAAGAGGUACUAGGAGUCGACAUUCAAGGCGCAGAGCACUCACCGAUUGAAGAUGCUAGAGCCACGAUGCUUAUCUACAAAGCUGAUCGGAAGGAGUUUGAGCGACUCCAUCAGAUAAAAUUUGCUUCUAACACCUAG